UUGGCUGCAACACGCCGGCAAGCUGCAGUCUGUUGGGAAACACAGAGAGAGGAGUUUCUGGAAGCUACGUGGGUGAGGAGUUGAGUGGUCAGGAUUUGGGGGGACUAACAAUGGACACUCAGAAGGACGUUCAACCUCCAAAGCAGCAGCCAAUGAUAUAUAUCUGUGGAGAAUGUCACACAGAAAAUGAAAUAAAAUCCAGGGAUCCAAUCAGAUGCAGAGAAUGUGGAUACAGAAUAAUGUACAAGAAAAGGACUAAAAGAUUGGUGGUUUUUGAUGCUCGAUGAAACAGAAUUUGGAGAAAUGUCUUUGUUUGCAUUUGGAUUUGUUGUUUAUGUAUAGCAUUCAAGUAGUAUACUUAUCUUUAUGAAUACAACUAUAUACAUAUGAUUUCAUUUUAAAGCCCAUAUUGUAUUUAGGUAUCUGUUAAUAGUUUAUGUAAGGAAAUGAUUUCUUGUUCCAUUGUUUGUAAUUUAAUUUUACUGUUUAUGUCAACCGAUACAACAAAGGGUAAAAGUGCACCCAAACCACACUUUUAAUCAAACCUCAGAAUCAUUGAAGCCCUAGUUAAAAAUAAACUUUUAUACCAUCAA